CAGAAGGAAGAUGUCACGUCCGGUUAUAAGAGCGUGUGGGAAGUAAGCCAUCGCCGGCGAAGUCACGCUCCCUUUUCCUCCUCCCAUUCCUUCACGGAUCUCUCUUUCUCUCCUCUCUUCCUUCUCGUCUUUGUGAGGUCGAUUGCGGAGGAGGCAUGGCGGAGCAGCUUACGGACGACCAGAUCGCCGAGUUCAAGGAAGCCUUUAGCUUGUUCGACAAGGACGGCGAUGGUUGCAUCACGACCAAGGAGCUUGGUACGGUGAUGCGCUCAUUGGGUCAGAACCCUACAGAAGCAGAACUGCAAGACAUGAUAAAUGAGGUGGAUGCUGAUGGCAAUGGUACAAUUGACUUCCCAGAGUUUCUUAACUUGAUGGCUCGCAAGAUGAAGGAUACAGAUUCAGAGGAGGAGCUGAAGGAGGCUUUCCGAGUGUUUGACAAAGACCAAAAUGGCUUCAUAUCCGCCGCUGAACUUCGCCAUGUCAUGACCAACCUCGGAGAGAAGCUUACGGACGAGGAAGUCGAUGAAAUGAUACGUGAGGCUGAUGUCGAUGGUGAUGGCCAAAUCAACUACGACGAAUUUGUUAAAGUCAUGAUGGCCAAGUGAGUUGGAUGGAUGAGUUGUAAAAUGGUAGCUAUUGAAUAGCCGUAGUUGAACUCUGGGUCUUUCCGGCUCUCUUGGUUGGCUUGAGUGGUCUGGUUGUGUUAAGAGUGUGUUUCUUCUGUGCAUCCGCCCCCAUGAUUUUUUGCUUGGAUCAUUGGAUUCAGGAACGUUUGUUUUCUUGGGUCUUUCUUUACAACUUCGGUAAGUUUGGAACAAUUAAGAUAUAUUUUUGUUUGACCAAACAUGAAUGACUAGCUUUACUUA